UGUGUGUGGGUUCUUGCUUAGAUUUAAAUCAGAGGAGCGCUAUGAGGUGUCCUGGAUAGAAACAGUACCUCUGUCCUCCCUCUGUGCUCAGAGUGAGCUGCAUGUGCUCCUCUGGUUUAUUUUGAGGUGGUCUUAUCACAGCUGUUGUAUUUGUGGUGGCAGCCUGUCCCAAGCCCCUCGACACUCUUCCUUUCCCCACUCUGUCCUGUUGUUGCGCAGAAAAAUGGAGGCUUGUCCUGCACCCAUGGGUCCCAAGGCGUCGCCAGCCGAGGGUCAGCACAUUGACCUGACAGAGGACCUGGCCCAGCAGCUGGAGGACAUCAUUAGCACCUACCAGGCUGAGCAGAUUCCCGCUGAGCCAGAGGACACAGAGGAGGUCACAGCUGUCAAAGAGGCCGACACCCGCAAGGACCAGAAACUGGAGAAGAAGAUGCUCAAAAACCUAGGGAAGGAAGCCAUGCUGCUGAUGCAAAGUUUGAACAAACUCAACACUCCAGAACAGAAACUGGAAGCCAUCAUCAAGAAACAUGCUGAGCUGUUGGAGGAGCAUCGGAGCGACCAGAAGCAGCUUAAGGUUCUGCAGAAGAAAUUGCUCCAGGUGAUGAAGGAGAAGGACCAGCUGCAGAGCGAGCAUAGCCGGGCCGUGCUGGCUCGCAGUAAACUGGAGGGUCUCUGCCGAGAGCUGCAGAGGCACAACAAGACCUUAAAGGAAGAGACCCUGCAGAGGUGCAGAGAGGACGACCUGAAGAGGAAAGAGAUCACCACCCAUUUCCAGGGGACGCUUAGUGAUAUUCAGGCCCAAAUCGAGGAACACAGCGGCCGCAACACCAAGCUGUGCCAGGAGAACAGCGCUCUGGCAGAGAAACUCAAGGGGCUCAUUACACAAUACGACCAGCGAGAGGCGAACCUGGAAAAGGUCUUCAAACACAGGGACCUGAAAGAAAAGCUGCUGGAAACCAAACUCAAGCAGGCCAACGUGAUACUGAAUGAGACGGAGGAGAAGCACAAGCUGGAAAAAGAGCUUCUGCUAAAACAGGCGGCGGAGUAUAAAAUAAAAGUGAAGGUCAUGAAGGAGCAAGAAAAAGAUAUGAAGAUCCAGCUUGAUAUGUACUCCAAAAAGUUUGAUGAAUUCCAAGGCACCGUAUCUCAGAGUAACAGUGUCUAUACUGGCUUCAAACAGGACAUGGACAAAAUGGCCAAGAAAAUGAAAAAGAUGGAUAAAGAGUGCCAGUCAUGGAAGACUCGCUUUGAUGGCUGCAACAAGAGUCUCCUUGACAUGGUGGCAGAUAAAGCAAUCAAGGAAAAGGAGUUUGAGCUCAUCAUGACCAAGAACCAGAAGCUUGAGAAUCUGUGCAGGGCUUUGCAAGAGGAGAGGAAGAGUCUUUACGAGAAGGCGCAGGAAGCUGGAAGUCAACCAGACAUCAACCCUACUAAACCAACAGAGAAGUGCCCUGAGGAGCUGGAGACCCCUAAAGUCCCUAAAGAGGAUGACCCUGCACAGAAUACUGCAGCUCCUGCCGCUGCUGCAGCUGCCGGGACACCGACAGCCAAAACUCCCCUGACCAAGGAGCUGGCUAAGCUGAAGGCUGAGCAGAGCCGCCUGAAGGAGAUUACCAGCUCUUUCACAAUCUCUCAUGUUAUAUCCACAGAAAAAGUAGUUAGCCAAUCACAAGGACUCUCUGAGGGUGUCCAGGAGCCAGAAGAGAACCACAUAGAGGAGAGCAAUGGCAAACACCUCCAGGAAGUUGAGAAGGAUGGAUGCCAAGAACAGAAAGAUUUGGAAAUGGAGUCAGUUGAUUAAUGCUGAAACUAAUGUGGAAAAUCUGCCUCAUGUGAGCUUCAUAGCAAUAAAAAGUAAAAGACUG